UCGGAAUGGGCGGCCCUCAUCGAUUUUGGGGCUGACUCGAUCCACCCUGGCUCCCCCUGUGCCUCCGCCCUCUGUCUCUCAAUCCGAGCCUCCCACCCGAGCCGAGCCCGCCCUUCGGGUCUCCGGUCGAUCCCAUGCCCCUUCGGGGGCGACCCCUACGGCCCUUGCGGCCGCUUUGAGCCCCGUGACCCCGUUGCGGCCGGGUUGUUUGACCUUGAGCGGCGAGCGUGAGAGCGAGGAGGUGUAUAAGAUCUCACCGGAAAAGGAGCUGCGGCCUUUGUCGAGUUCCGGGGGCGUGUUGGUGGACUGCGGCUCACUGACCGAGCUUCAUUCUUCUCAACAGGUGAGCGAGGUGGAGAUCAUCUCCCUGUUGGGCGAGGAGUUGCCCCGCUAUCAACUGCGGGCCGAUUACCUGACCCAGUUCAGCGGGUAUGAGCAUUCGGACUUUGUGAUCCAGACGCCGGUGUUGAACGCGGCCGAAUCGGAGCGGGUGAGCGGCUUGACCCCCGAGCAGGCCCAGGCCACGCUGGACUACUUUGUGACGUGCGGGGACCGCUUGUCGCAAAUGACCAAGACUUAUCAUGACGUGGAGGCGGUCACGCGACUUCUCGAGGAGAAGGAGAAGGACCUGGAACUGGCCGCCAAGAUCGGGCAGGAGCUUCUGGAACGCAACCGCUUCCUCGAAGAGAAGGUGUUUCAACUCGAGGCUCACAUUGCUCAAAACAACGAGCUGAUCACGCAACUGCGGCAUGAUCUCCAGAUCAAGACCGACCUAUUGCGGGUGUACGAUGCGGAUGCGGCCGACCUGGACGAGGCAUCGCCCCUCGAGAUCCGCAAUGUCAGUGUGGAUCUCCUCCAGCGAAAGAUCCAGGAAAUGCAGGAGGAGAACAAGAAACUCCACGAAGAGGCCACUGAGUUGGCCAAAGAAGCCAUUGAGGUUGAGGAAAAGGAAGAGAAAUUGGUCAGCGAAGCCGUGAAGCAUUUGAGCGAUGCCAACGUGCGGAUCUCUCAUCUCUCGGAAGAGUUCACUUGUAAAGUGGAUGAGAGCAGGAAACAAAAGGAGGAAAUCACCCAUCUCCUCGCCAAGGUGUGCGAUAUGCAAUCCAAAGUCAAGCUCUACUCAAGAGACAAUGAGGAAUUGCGAACCUCAUUGUGUGCCUACAAAGAGACCCAAGAAGAGUUGACCUCCGAGUUGACCGACUUCAAGGAGAAAUAUCGGGAGGUGGUGGAUUUGCUUCACGACGCCCAAGAUGAGCUCAAAAAGAGCCGGAAACGGACCUAUCCUGGAUUGGGACAGCAUUCCUUGCCCGGGAUGUUCACUUCUGGGGGUCAAAACGAACAGUCGGGAGAGGAUGGAACCAAAGAAUCGUCAUUGCUCUCGGAAAUCCAUUCCUCCCUUCGGUCUUCCAAGCGAAACUCGAAAAAAGCCUCGCGCCAAAGUUCAAAACUUGAUUCGGCCUCGGAUUUUUCGGACAGUGACCUCGAUUCCAGACGGUUCAAGGGUCGAUCAUCGAAUGCGGGCAUGUUCGGCUCGACCUUCGACACUUUCCGCAUUGCCACUGCCAACAGUAAAAUGGUACAUGGGGGUGGACCCGGGGAGCUUGAAUCUGUCCCCGUUACCUUGGGAUAUAAUCCAGGACAGGGAAGCUCGUUGGACAAGGAGUACUUCUUUGAGUCCUACACCGUGUCGCGUGAUAAUACCGCCUCACCAGAUUUCAUGGACCUCGAAUUCCGCUAUGGGGAGCUCAAUCCCGACGAUUUGGACGACGGGGACGAUAUUCCCAUAGGUGGGAUGGCCGAAAAUUACGUCGCAUCCGGGACAGCGGAAGCUCAAAUUCCCACCCUUGGAGGUCAUCCGGGAAUCGGUAGUCUUCCAGGCUUGGGUUCGGUCCCUAGCUUCGGUCAUCUCGGCCAUCCUGGACCCCAACGAGGUCACCAAGCUCCUUUCUCAAUGGGUGUUAUGAGCGAAGGCGUGUACUCCAACGACAGGGAUGAUCCCAAUGAGAGGGAAGAAUCCUCAAACGUACUUCGGGUCAAAACCGUGGGUGAGCUGUCAGUGCCUCAACUAGAGAUGGAUGCCUUGGCAUCUCCUUUAGGAUCCGUUCCAAGCUUGAGUCGGGACCAAUCUGAACCGCCUCCCUUCGGUCUUAUGCCCCUUGGAGGCGAGCCUUCGACUAUCCCCUUGGGACCCCUUGGAUCGAUACCCGGUGGCGGGGGAUUUGCACCCUCUGCUGGAGGAUUAGGAUCUCUUCCGUUUGGAACCGUCCCAAGUGGUGCUCGAGUGGGUGGUUCCAUGGCGGUAGAUACAUUUGGGGCGUCUUCAUUGCCCGGACAAUUCAUGAACUAUGAUUCCAGUGGCGGGUCACGCCUUUGCUUGACCAGAGAUUCUGGUGUGACGUCAAGUGACUUUUCAGAUGCCCACGGUCGCUUUUCGGCCAUCGGGGAUCGACAGGACAAUCCUGGUGAUGGCAUGUCAGAUGAUGGGCGUGGCUCCAACUUGAUGGGAAUGGAAGACUCCGAAUUCCGGGGUGGUUACCUGAAGGAUGAUGUUGACGAUAUGGCUGAACUCAAAUUUAGUGGCGAUAGUAGCUCAAUAGGUGGUGGUGAGCUCGAUAGUGUUCUCAAGUCCUUGAACCCUGAGGAGGUGGAGAGGCGAAGGCGGCAAUUAAGUCGAACCUACAGUUAUGACUUAGGAUCUGAUGGAUUCGAAAGUCCGGGCUCGUCCCUCUUUGGUAAACCCGGGUUCAACUUCCUUCCCUAUGGCGUCCGAACCCCCGAUAGUAUCAUGUCGACCGGUUCUCGUGACCUCAUGGGCUCAGGUGGAGGAUCUUUCGGAUAUUAUGGAGCCGGUUGGCGAUUGCCCGACAAGCUCCGGAUCGUCAAACCUCUGGAGGGCUCAUUAACCUUGCACAACUGGCAACGACUCGCCCGCCCACAUUUGGGGAACAUUCUCGAGGAGCGAGAAGGCGUGGCCAUGCGAGGAGCACUUCCAUCGGUCUUCUCCAGGAGUGAAGACUCGGAUUUUGAUCCACUUCUCCUGGCUCAGGACAAGAAUCUACCGCAAAUUGGUCCAAAACCAGAUACCUGGACGUUGGACACGAUCACCAAUUGCACUGUGCUUCAUCCGGACGAGACCUCGGCCCACACCCAAUUAACUUCCACCUAUGGGGGCGCUCAAAUGUCCAGCGGCUUUGGCCACCAAUCCAGACCUUCAACGGCAUUCUCAUCGCGGUGUUCGAGCCGCAUGUCCAGUCGGAGACAAUCCAUAUCAGAAUCGGGUUGGCGGCGAAGUGGCACUCUCACCUGUUCCAGUAACAUCGGAUUAGCCAAGGUACUCAACGAGCGCUCGAUCACCGGGUAUCUCAGUGACAGCACGCUCAGACUCGACCGCAGUGGGGUGUACAAUGAAGCUGCAUCCAUCGUGAGUCUCACGCCCAGUGUCAUCUCGACGCCUACAGGUGUGCGAUCAUUCUCCCCCACGGGCACGCCCCUCAACUCGCCUACACACACGCCUCCGGGUACACCUCCUAAUGAGCUGGAAGGAAGUGAGAACGGGUUUGUUCUGGGCUUCUUUGCCAGUUUGAGGAGCGCCCUCUACGGGGAGCAGAAGAAAGAGGUCCACACCCUCCGACAUCAGCGCAAACGGAAACAACUCAAGAAACUGGGCAUCCUGGAGCGAGUGGCAGAGGUGGGAGUGGAGAACUUGCUGAGCAGCUCUCCCGUCCCAUCCCAUCUGAGUGGAGGGAGUCGGGACUCUUCUAUGUCACGAGAAGACUCCUUGAGUAGAACAAUCUCAGAUUUCGACCUUCGCUUCAUGACCACUGACAUCCAAAGCAGUGAGCUAGUGGAUGUCGAGCCCGGUUCACUCACGCUUUCGCGGCCCAAAAAGAAGCCUUUGCCGCCCAACCACCGCGAAUCUACUCCUGAUCCUUUCAUGUUGACCUCGAGGGGUGCCAUGUCCAUUCCCGGUCUCCAGAGCCCGUGUAACAUCAGCUCGAUCUAUGGCUCGACCACGCACAAUGUGGUGGGUGGUCGUGGUCCAGGGCGUGUGAUUGCCAGUCCAGGGGAUCGGAGGGGUGCCGUGUUUCCGGGAUUAGGAGUACCAGGUCAACCAGGAACCGGGGCACUCCUGAAAUCUGCCUCAGGCAAACCGGCUGAACGCAUGGAUCUUGGGUCAGUUCCAACGAGCUCUUGCUCAGGAGGCAUUUACCAAGAUACAAGUGACGGUGGGUUCAUUGGGAGCAUCACGUCCAUGUUUUUCGGACGGAAAGGAGGCUUACUUUGAGCCCAGAGACAGUUAUCCAAUAGUUUAUCGUCGAGUCGUAGUUUGUGAAGAAGAGGGUAUAAUACAAAGACAACACACAUAACACACAUUCAAACACGGGAUGGAGAUUACUAUGUCAUGAUCAGUAUGCCUUAUGGAAAGUGCUGCGGCCGUGUCGAACGGCGUGUGAGGAGAACGAAGAAGAAAGAUUUGACUCUCCUUAUGAACAGGGCUGUGGUUCUUUUGUUUUUUCUUAUGUCGAAUCGGAUUGUUUGGUAAUUAUUUUGAAUGUUCCUAGCGCAUCUUUUAAUAUUGCUUGUGACUAGUAAGGAGUUGAAUGCGCCCAAUUCUCGGCACCGCCUGUUUCAUUUGUCAUUGGUCUGUUGACUAUCUCGCUCUUCAUUUGUCGCUUCCCCGUUUUUGAAACGAUCAAUAUUAAAUCAAUAUUUUUUUUUCGCUCAAUCCGUUCGUUUUGAAAUUUGCUAUGUCCUCGCUCCCCAUUGUCAAGCCAGAAAUUAACCUUGUGCUAAACUACCAAUCUCUGCUUUAGAAGUGCUCAUCCUACAACCAUGUUUUGAAUUAAUUCAACUGAUGGACUGGAUGAAUCUAGUCGACCGAAAUUGUGAGAAUACGUGAUGAACGAAUCAGUAAAAUUUACAAAAAUAAAGAGAUAUUCACAUUAAA